UCCACUUGUCCAUCUGACUUUCCUUCUCUGUCCAGCCAUCUGGCUGUCAAUCCAUUUGUUUGUCUCUGGCUCUGGUCUAUUUGUCUAUCUGUCCCAUCAUCUGUGAGUCCAUCUGCUCAUCUUGUUGUCCAUUCAUCCACCUGUCUCUCUGUAUCUCUCCGCCCACUGGUCUGUGUGCCCACUUACCUCCCCUCUCCCCCUGGGCCACAGAGCCAUGGCCCAGGGCCACGGGGCCACGGUCAGCAUGGUCCUGCUGGGGCUGGGGCUGGCGCUGGCCAUCAUCGUGCCUAUCAUGGUCAUCUCUUGGCACCGCGUCCACUGUGGCCCCCAGGCCUUUGCCCAUGCUGCAGUUGCUGCGGACUCUAAGAUCUGCUCGGACAUUGGGCGAGCCAUCCUCCAGCAGCACGGCUCACCCGUGGAUGCCACCAUCGCAGCUCUGGUCUGCACCGGGGUUGUCAACCCCCAAAGCAUGGGCCUGGGUGGAGGGGUCAUCUUCACUAUCUACAAUGCAUCCACAGGGAAGGUGGAAGUCAUCAACGCCAGGGAGACGGUACCCGCCAGCCACGUCCCAGGUCUGCUGGACCAGUGCAAGCAGGCCCAGCCUCUGGGCACAGGUGCCCAGUGGAUUGGGGUGCCCGGGGAGCUCCGCGGCUAUGCUGAAGCCCACCACCGCCACGGCCGCCUGCCCUGGGCGCAGCUCUUCGGGCCCACCAUCGCGCUGCUCCGGGGGGGCCUCCGCGUGCCUCGCAUCCUCAGCUACUUCCUGCACAGCAGCUACCUGCGCCCUUCCCUGCACGCAUCGUCCCUGAGGCAGCUCUUCUUCAAUGGGACAGAACCCCUGAGUCUUCACGACCCACUCCCGUGGCCCGCGCUGGCCGCCACCCUGGAGACCGUGGCUGCGGAAGGCGCAGAGGCCCUCUACACGGGGAGGCUGGGCCGGAUGUUGCUGGAGGACGUUGCCAAAGAAGGGAGCCGGCUGACCCCGCAGGACCUGGCAUCAUUCCAGCCUGAGGUGGUGGACGCCCUGGAGGUGCCCUUGGGGAACUACACCCUGUACUCACCGCCACCGCCUGCAGGGGGCGCGAUUCUCAGCUUUGUCCUCAAUGUGCUCAAAGGGUUCAACUUUUCCGCGGAGUCGGUGGCCAGCCCCGAGGGGAGGGUGAACUUGUACCAUCACCUCGUGGAGACGCUCAAGUUUGCUAGGGGGCAGAGGUGGCGGCUGUGGGACCCUCGAAGCCACCCGGAGGUCCAGAACGCCUCCCAGGACCUGCUGGGGGAGGCUCUGGCCCAGCACAUCCACCAGCAGAUCGACACCCGGGGUGACCACCAGCUCAGCCACUACAGCCUGGCGGGCACCUGGAGCCACAGGAUGGGCACGGCCCACGUGUCCGUGCUGGGGGAGGAUGGCAGCGCUGUGUCUGCCACCAGCACCAUCAAUACGCCCUUUGGAGCCAUGGUGUACUCACCGCGCACCGGCAUCCUCCUCAACAACGAGCUCCUGGACCUGUGCUGGAGGCACCUGCGGGGCUCCGGAGUCACCCCCCCUCCCGUUCCAGGCGAGCGGCCCCCGUCAUCCAUGGUCCCCUCCAUCUUAGUCAACGCAGCCCAGAGGUCGAAGCUGGUGAUCGGCGGGGCUGGCGGGGAGCUCAUCAUCUCUGCUGUGGCCCAGGCCAUCAUGAACAAGCUGUGGCUGGGCCUUGACCUGCAAGCUGCCAUUGCAGCCCCCAUCCUGCACGUGGACAGCAAGGGCCGGGUAGAGUACGAGCCCAACUUCAGCCAGGAGGUGAAGAAGGGGCUCCAGUACCGGGGCCAGAACCAGACCGAGAGGCCCAUUUUCCUGAACGUGGUCCAGGCCGUGUCCCAGGACGGGGCCUGCGUGUACGCCGCAGCGGACCCCAGGAAGGGUGGGGAGCCCUCAGGCUACUAAAGAGGUUGCUCCCUCCCCACUGGGAUCCCGCCCAGCACACGUCCAGGCUGGCCUGGUCCAUGGGACCGAGUGCUCCAGCAGAAUCUGGACCCCUUGGCAGGACAGUCAGCCUGGGGCUUCAAGAGGUGGGGACAGCCCAGCAGAUGGACGGCUGUGGGGGCUGAGCCCUCCCCUCCCAGAGCCCCUGUGGCCCUGCCCAGACCCCUCCAACCUCCCCAGGCCUCUCACCCAGGACUGUGCCCCCGCUCUCCAAAGCCCCA